ACGAUUCCAACAAGGUAUCGCUCAACAUCGACGCCUCCUCCGGACCCGUCACGUGCAAGACAACCUGGACGCUGCUCCUCUAUCUUACCUCUUCCGCCGAGGGCUGUGUUGGCGGCGAGACCGUCUUCUUCCCCAACGACCGCCGCUCCGCUAAGGAGGAGAUCCCGGUCGCUCUCGAAACGGGCAUGCUCCUCUUACACAAGCAUGGCGACGACUGCAUGCUGGUAA